GGAGGAGGAAACAUUUAGCCGACAGUUUUCUUGCUACACCGCUCUCUGUUCUCGGCUGUCUUCUGUGUAGAAAAGCCAAAUGGAGUUGUAGCUGGAGCGAGGCUGCAGAGAUGUCCGACCACGGUGGCUCAGCUGUCGGCCUUCUGUCUUACGAGACGCUGGUUCAUGCUGUGGCUGGUGCAACGGGCAGUGUGACUGCAAUGACAGUCUUCUUUCCUUUGGACACAGCCAAAAGCAGACUGCAGGUGGAUGAAAAUCGAAAGUCAAAAUCCACCCCCGUCAUCCUGGCUGAGAUAGCACAGGAAGAGGGCCUGCAGUCUUUGUACAGAGGCUGGUUUCCAGUCAUCUCAAGCCUCUGCUGCUCCAACUUUGUCUACUUCUACACCUUCAACACGCUGAAGAGGAUGACGGCAUCUGGCCCACAGAAGUCCAGACUUGCCAAAGACCUGCUCAUAGGGAUCAUAUCAGGGGCAGUGAACGUGAUCCUGACCACUCCCAUGUGGGUGGUCAACACUCGACUGAAGAUGCAGGGGGCAAAGUUCAGAAACGAAGACCUCCAGCAGACCCAGUACAAGGGCAUAUUUGAUGCGUUCUCGCAGAUCAUAGCCAACGAGGGGGUGGGAACUCUGUGGAACAGCACUCUGCCCUCUCUCAUCCUCGUCCUCAACCCGGCCGUACAGUUCAUGUUCUAUGAGGCCAUGAAGAGGAGGGCCGGUAAAGGAGGGAGGAAGAUAUCCUCAGCAGAGAUCUUUCUCAUUGGAGCCAUUGCCAAGGCCGUUGCUACCACAGCAACUUAUCCACUGCAGACAGUUCAGGCAAUCCUCAGGUUCGGCCAGUACAAAGGUGAUGGCAAGGGCGGUGUGAUGGGAAGCCUCUCAAACAUUUUCUCCCUGCUCAUGGAUAGAAUCAGGAGGCAUGGUGUUCUUGGAUUGUACAAAGGCCUGGAGGCCAAGCUGCUACAGACAGUGCUGACAGCUGCCCUCAUGUUCGUUGUGUAUGAGAAGAUCACUGCUGCUACCUUCAAAGUCAUGGGCCUGAACAGGAAACUAAAGCAGUGAACGCACACCUGCUUGGGUACAGCGUGGCGCUUGCACACCAGCGAACCAGGCUGCACAUUUACACAGUGUCAGUAGGUAUUUUAUCAAUGCCUUCCAAAUGAUAGGUAAUACCAGGAAUCGUUUCAGUCAGCGUUGUAAUAGGAGGUGGGAUUGGUGCCCUUACAGCUACAGAUUCCCACACUCGCCCCAAAACAUGAACCAUAACCAGAGGGUAUAAUACUUGGAAUACCCCCUCUUUCCUAACCUUUAAGUGGUUCCAUUUGUGCAGACUGAUUUUCUCCAAUGGUAGAUUUCUUGACAUGGUUCUAAAUAAUCUUUAAAGGAGCUAAUUUAUCCCUUCAUUUUGCCUGUCUGCUGUAUUCAUAAAUUCUUCUGCUCUGAGUAGUUUGUUGAAUGCAGAGCUGAAGUGGCACAAAAAGUUCUAAAUCAGAAUGAAGGCAAAAUGAGUCUGAAAGUGCUUUCAGUUGCACUUUGGUUAAGAGAGAUUCAUAAAAAAAAGAUUAUAAGAUCAGCUAAGAUUUUAAAACCAGUUGAUAGAAACAUCACCACGAUAUUUUUUUAACAUCAGACGUCUGCUGCAAAUGAUGACCAGUAGGGCACUUACAUACCCAGACUUCUUUAAAAAAAAGUAUUGCCUUGAUCUAGAUUAUUCCUCACACACGUUUUAACUGUGGAAUUAACUAAACUUGAUGCUCUGCAAGAUAGAAAUCUCAUGAAAUGAUAUGGAUAAAUGUUGGGGUUUUUUAAAAUGUGUCAACUUAAGAUGUUAUGACACUCAAUGACAUUAAUAUCAUAAUAUGUUAAAAUGCCUUUAAUAUAAGUGAGUAGGAGUACUUAAUCUUACAUUGAGAAUAAGGUAUAUGUGUACAAAUAUUGCAGUAAGUGCCUC